GCCGCGCCGCGUCGAGCUCUGCCCGCCCGCCCGCCGCCGCGAAGCAAUUCCUGCUGCGCCACAGCCAUGGCGGCGCUGACGGUCAAAGCCUACCUGCUGGGCAAGGAGGAGGCGACCCGCGAGAUCCGCCGCUUCUCCCUGCCGCCGCCCGCCCGCUACCAGGCCGUCCACGACCGCGUCGCCGAGCUCUUCCAGGGCGUGCUGCGCGCCGGGCCGCCGCCCGCCUUCCGCAUGCACUACAAGGAUGAAGACGGGGACCUGAUCGCCUUCUCCAGCGAUGAGGAGCUGGAGCUGGCCCUGCCCUACGUCCGGGACGGCGUCCUCCGCGUUUACAUCAAAGAGAAAAAAGAGUGCAAGCGGGAACAUCGUGCACAAUGCAGCCAGGAGCCUCCCCGUGAUAUGGUGCAUCCCAAUGUGAUCUGCGAUGGCUGUGAAGGACCAGUGGUGGGUGCUAGGUUCAAGUGCACUGUCUGUCCAGACUAUGACUUGUGCAGCACCUGUGAGAGUAAGGGCACCCACAAGGAGCACAACAUGGUGAUGUUUCAGAGUCCACUGCUAAAUCCAUUUGAGUGGCUUCCUCGAGGACGUUGGCUCCGUAAAAUGAGGCAUGGAAUUCCACCCUUCCCAUGGAUGCAUCGCUGGGGAUAUCCUGUUCCUCCAGCAACUUGUCAAAACUCUGAACAAGCCCAAGCCAGUGCUGCAGCCUCCAGUCCACCCACUGAGCAAGAAGCUUCUACUAACAGCCAGCCUCAGGACCCCAAUGUCACCUUCUUAAAGAAUGUUGGGGAGAGUGUUGCAGCUUUUCUGAGCCCCCUGGGUAUUGAAGUUGAUAUUGAUGUGGAACAUGGAGGACAGAGAAGCAAAGUGACUCCUGCUGCUUCCCAUCAAGAGAAGAACAGUGCUGAGUCCAGCAGCAGUACUGUAAACCAGAACAUUCAGACCAAACAGGAUGGGAAUAGCACAGAUUCUGCUACAGAAGUAAAUGCUGUUGCAGAGCAGAUACAAGACAUGGUGAUAGAUCCUCUGCCCACACAAAUGGAAGAAGGUAGCUUCCAGGAUCACAGUGAGUCCAGCAGUUCAUCAGGGGGUGAGGAGGACUGGACCCACUUAUCUUCCAAAGAAGUGGAUCCCUCCACAGGUGAACUGCAGUCUCUACAAAUGCCAGAGACAGAGGGUCCCAGCUCCCUGGACCCAUCUCAAGGUCCUGCCCAAACAGGACCUACAGGAUUGCGAGAGGCUGCACUCUACCCACAUCUCCCACCAGAAGCAGACCCUCGCCUGAUUGAGUCACUGUCCCAGAUGCUUUCCAUGGGCUUCUCCGAUGAGGGUGGAUGGCUCACUCGACUCCUGCAGACAAAGAACUGCGACAUCGGGGCAGCGCUAGAUGCCAUCCAGUAUUCUAAGCAUUCACCUCACUUGUAGUAGUCUCUAACAAAAAGCACUUUCUUCCUAACUGAAAGCAGCAGUUCAACUCCAGCAGUUCAUCCUUCUUGUUGAGGGUUUCUGUCUCAUGUUCCUAAGUGAUUGUAGAAUGGAGGAAAAAAAUAAAUACUACUACUGCCUUUCACCUCUA